CCUCUCCAUUAUCCAGGUACUAAACAAGCUAGCUCUCUCUCCACCAAUUUCCCCGUGAAAGAAAAAAGAAACAUAUGGCGUUGUCAUUAUCCUUACCCGUGCCCUUAAAAGUCCGUGUGCUCUUGAGAAAACCAUGCAACUUUACGUUCCCAAUGGCAUCUCCAAUUAGGCCUUUUUAGUCUCCAUAUCAGUGUUCGGUUUAAUUUGUCUGUUCAAAUUUUGAUGACUUCCUCCGUUCUGAAACUAAUCCUGCUCCUCUCUGCAAUCUUCUUCUCAACAACAUGGGCUCUCAAUUCUUCUUCUUCCACAACUUCUCUGAAUACCCACUUCUCCUCCAUAAGAUCUUUCUGCAAGACCACACCAUACCCAGAUGUCUGCUUUGACUCAUUGAAGCUUUCUAUAUCGAUAAAUAUCAGUCCAAACAUCAUCGCAUACCUCCUGCAGACCCUCCAAAUCGCAAUAUCCAAAUCUGAAAAUCUCUCCAAUCUGUUCUUCAAUGCCAGGAAUUCAAACAUUAUCGAGAAACAAAGAGGAACCAUCCAAGACUGCAAGGAACUCCACCAAAUCACGUUGUCUUCUUUACAAAGAUCCGUGUCUCGAAUUAGUGCAGCCGACCGACGAAAACUAGCUGAUGCAAGAGCAUAUCUUAGCGCAGCUCUCACAAACAAGAACACAUGUUUGGAAGGCCUGGAUUCAGCAUCGGGUCCCUUGAAGUCAGUUCUAGUGAAUUCCAUAAUCGACACUUACAAGCAUGUGAGUAAUUCUCUUUCAAUUCUGUCUAGGCAAGCAGGGGCUCCUAGAGGCCGUACCAAUCGGCGCCUCAUGGGUGUCCCAACGUGGAUGUCAAGGAAAGAUCGUCGGAUCUUUGAGAGCGCAUAUGGCGACGAAUACGAUCCGAGCCAGGUGCUUACGGUGGCUGCUGAUGGAACAGGAAACUUCACCACCAUCACUGAUGCUAUCAACUUUGCUCCAAAUAAUAGUUAUGAUAAUAGGAUAAUUAUCUAUGUUAAAAAAGGGGUUUAUGAGGAAAAUGUGGAAAUCCCAAUUUACAAGCCCAACGUUGUUCUGCUUGGAGAUGGAAGUAGUGUCACUCUCAUUACUGGUAACAGAUCGGUCGUCGAUGGUUGGACCCCCUACAGAUCUGCAACUCUCGCGGUGUCUGGCGACGGCUUUCUGGCACGAGACAUAUCUAUCGAGAACAGGGCAGGGCCAAACAAAUAUCAAGCGGUUGCGUUGAGAGUGAAUGCCGACUUGGCCGCUUUGUACAGGUGCUCCAUUAAUGGUUACCAGGAUUCCCUGUACGUCCAUUCCUUUCGACAGUUCUACAGAGAAUGUGACGUAUACGGGACCAUAGAUUUCAUAUUUGGGAAUGCAGCGGUGGUAUUCCAGGGGUGCAACAUUGUGGCUAGAAUGCCAAUGCGUGGCCAAUACACGGUUAUCACCGCACAGUCCCGUGAUACCGUUGAUGAGGACACCGGAAUCUCCAUACAGAAUUGUUCAAUUGUGGCUGCGGAUGAUUUGUACUCCAAUUCAUGGGUCAAAAGCUACCUGGGGAGGCCGUGGAGGGUGUUUUCUCGGACGGUCUACCUUGAGUCCUACAUCGGCGACUUCAUUGACUCAACUGGGUGGACCCAAUGGUCCGAUGAUGAUCAACGAGGCUUGGACACUUUGUAUUACGGCGAGUACGACAAUUAUGGGCCCGGUUCGUCAACGGAUGGUCGAGUUACUUGGCCAGGGUAUCACGUGAUGGAUUAUAAUGAUGCAUAUAAUUUCACGGUGUCAGAGUUCAUUACUGGUGAUGCCUGGUUGGAUUCCACUUCAUUUCCUUACGAUGAUGGAAUUUGAUCUUAUUGUCUAAAGAGGCACUUAAUGGGUUUGUUACGUU